AUGCCGACACAACCUGCUACAUUUGUUUGUCGAUUUUGUUAUUCAUCUAGUCAUGCUUUAUAUCCAGUUCGUCUUUAUUUUAUAAGUUUAAAUCAAGGUCUUAUUAUGUGUGCAAAUCAAAAUUGUACAGGAAUUGUUAAUGGACAUGUUGAUCUAUUAAAACUUAUUCUACCUAUAACAUCACCAACAUCACAAUUAACAUAUGAACAAUAUCAACAAACACCCUAUUAUAGUCCUGAAUGUGAUUUACUUAUGACUGAUAUUUCACCAGAGAUCUAA